AUUUAUGUCUCUCUCUCUCUCUCUCUAUCAAACCCUUCAUCUCCCAUCUCUUCUCCUCGCCAUUGUUGUGGUCGCUGAUGCUACAAAAGCUCUGAAGCUUUGUAUGAUUAGCUACUGUGCAACCCACAUUUCGAGAGAGAGAGAGAGAGAGAGAGAGAGAGAGAGAGAGAGAGAGAGUGAGCACAACCAAUUUUUCUCUUUCUCUCUCAUGGUGAGCAUUUGCUACUUCUUGGUUUUCGCCAUAUCCUGUUUGUGAGAGAGAUUUUUGCUGGAAAUGAGGAAGCAUGGGUGGGAACUUCCUUACCAUCCUCUCCAGGUGGUGGCAAUAGCGGUGUUUCUGGCUCUAGGGUUUGCUUUCUAUGUGUUCUUUGUCCCCUUUGUGGGGAAGAAGCUCUUCCAGUAUGUGGUGAUGGGGCUCUACACUCCUUUGAUUACAUGUGUCUUCCUGUUGUACAUCUGGUGUGCCGCAACGGAUCCCGGGGACCCUGGUGUUUUCAAAUCGAAGAAGUAUGUGAAAGAAGUUGACAAUGGAAAACAGACUCAUAAUAAGGAAUCAGGACAAGUAGUUUCAAACAGUGAAUUACAUACGGCAACAACUGGAGAAAAGGCUGUUCCUGAGGGCCUCAGCACUGUUGCUGCUACUGACAAAUCAUAUGAUCAAAAGGAGGGGGAGAGUUCAUCUAGCUGCAGUAGAGCUUUUCUGGCCCUGUUUUUCCUAUGCCGUCCUCUUUGUUUUCUGGGCAAUUUGUGCCAUUCACAUGAACAGUCCUCUGAACAGCAAAUGAGUGAAGACGGCAUGUUUUUCUGCAGCCUAUGUGAAGUGGAGGUUUUGAAGUACAGUAAGCACUGUAGGGUUUGCGACAAAUGUGUUGAUGGAUUUGAUCAUCACUGCAGAUGGCUCAACAAUUGUAUAGGAAGAAGGAACUAUAGAAGGUUCUUCAUCCUCAUGAUUUUUGCGCUUCUCUUGCUUAUACUGGAAUGGUCAGUGGGAGUGCUUGUGCUGAUUCUCUGCUUCCUCAAGCGGAAGGAAUACUCUGCGGAGAUCGUUUCAAAGCUAGGAAGCAGCUUUUCUCUUCUGCCUUUUGUUAUUGUAGUGGCAUCCUGCACCUUACUGGCAAUGGUUGCAACACUACCACUCGCUCAGCUUUUCUUCUUUCACAUUCUUCUUAUUAAGAAGGGCAUUACUACAUACGACUACAUCAUAGCUUUAAGAGAGCAAGAGCAGCAACAAGAUGUUGCUGGCCACCAAAGUCCGCAGAUGUCUCAGGUGAGCUCUAUCACGGGGCUUAGCAGUGCUAGUUCUUUUGGCACAUUUCACCGUGGCUCAUGGUGCACCCCUCCUAGAUUAUUCCUUGAAGAUCAGUUUGAUGUUGUUCCUCCUGAGAUUGGCACAUCUGUAAAUUCCACUGGAAAGAAGAUAAGGGAAGAAGAAAAACCCAGGAGAAAAGCUGCGGGAACCGUGAAAAUUAGCCCUUGGACUCUGGCCCGUCUUAAUGCAGAUGAGGUUUCGAAAGCGGCGGCAGAAGCAAGAAAGAAAUCCAGAGUUCUUCAACCAAUUAAUAGACGAGAUGUUACUCCUCUUGGCCAUGAAACAGAUAAUAGCUACAGAAGUUCAAGUAACCGAACAAUUCCGAGACCUGAUAACAAAAGGCGAGUGAACAAAAGAGGAAAGAUCCCCACUGAACCGUCUUUCGAACCAUUGGCAAAAAUAUCAGCCAGUGCUACUGAUACGAAUGGCAGUGAACUUGGACCAGAAACUUCGACCAACUUAGCCCCACUCCAGCUUGAAGCGAGAAGUGCUUUUCGACCGAGCAGAACAGCUUCCGCUAGAAAUACUGUCAUUUCUUCUCCAGAAAGUAGCUUGGAGUCUCCUGAUUUACACCCAUUUCGCAUUUCUUCAGGAGCUGAAGAUGCACAAGGUCUAUCUUCGAUGCAGGUUCCAGGAAGUAAUGCUGCUACACAGAAGGGGAUUGAAUUUUCGAGAUCAACUAGUGAUGGGUACGAAGCUUCAGGGGGUGAAGAUAGUGACCGGAUCCCUUCACGAAUUGUUCACAGAUCGGCCAAUUGGGCUAAUGUCAUGCUCAGUUCCGGUCGUGGUGAGAUGAAGAGCGACCAAAAGGGAUCAUCCUCUGGAGGGCUUUUAAGUAACGCUAGAGUGCCCUAAAGGGAGGUGGUAUUUAGUUUUUCUUUCUUUUUGUGUUUUUCUAUUUUUAGUUUCAAGCCUAAUCAAUAGCAAGUCAUGGUGGUUUAUAUGGAAAUCGCUACAAAUCCUGUAUGAAGCUGGAUAAUGGUUCUGAAGGAGGAUACUGUUUAACAAGAAAAAGAAAAAAAAAGGGGGGGUACUUUUUGUUGUACUGGUGCAUCUGGUAUUAUUGCUUGUCUCAGUUAAUGUUAACCAGAUAGCAUUGCCAGAAACAUACUUCUAUUAAUUGUUAUUCCUUUAGUGCUGUAUCUAUGCCGUAUCUGUGACUCAAAUCAGUAUUUCUUCUUUCCCAGCUUUUAAACAAUGUGAUUACUGAGGUAGUUCUUUGUGAA